CUAUCUCCAGUCCACAAGGGGGUGGGGCGGGGGCAGGAAAGCAAAAUUCGAAGCAGUCAAAAAUCUAUAUUGACUUUUCAACACAUUCAAAAUGAGCGAAUUUACCUGUCAAUAAAACGCGUGUAGUGUGUGCUGUUCUGGCAACGGUACAAUGCUCAUGAUGACAGCGGCCCAGCCUCCAGGUUGGAGUAAAUAUUGAAGAAUUAAGGGUUGAAAAGGGAGUUGUUGAGUUACGCGCAAAAAUGAAUAUUAUGCGCAAACUUCGGGGAUCAAGUGGUGGGGGAAGCUUUGCUUCCUCUAGCGCUCAAGAUGAGGCCAGUAGUAAUCCCCAGCAUACAGCAUUAGGUUUAAUGCAUUUAAAAAAGCUCUUUUCAGAGUAUUCACAUCCACAACAUCCUUUAAGUGAACAAGAACGUCACAAUAAGCUCUACAACAUGCUUCCAUUGUUUUGCAAGGUAUUUGGGGAUUGUCCUACAUCGGAUAUGGUAGAUAAAUUUCGUGAUAUUCUUGCAUUUUGUCACCAAGUUUCUGCUUUAAUGGUUGCUGAAAUACGCCGAAGAGCAUCUAAUCAAUCAACAGAAAUGGCUUCUUGUUCAAUUGUUAGCUUUCUGGAGAUAGGAUCCUCUGAGGAAUCUAGCAAUGGGUGGAUGUUAUUGUCUGCCCUUAAUCUCUUGGCUGCAGGAGACCUAAAGCUUGUUCAAGUAAUGACAUCUCUCUCUGUACCAUCGACUCUGGUAAAAUGUUUAUACUUGUUCUUUGAUCUUCCCGAAAUGAAAGAUGGGGAUUUAGCAGAACCAGGGAAUGAAUUUACACCUAGAGAACGCCGUAUUUUACUUCAAAAAAUUUUUGUGCAGAUGCUGGUUCGUCUUUGCAGUCAUGCAUGUCCAGCUGAAGAGUUGGCUCGUAAGGAUGACCUGAGCCUUUUAUUUUCUGCCAUCACAUCGUCAUGUCCCUCUCAAAAUGUUAUGUGGAGGAAAAGUGCUGCUGAGGUCCUCAUGACUAUAUCACGACAUGGACUCACAAAGCCUGUUGUCAAUUAUAUACACAAUAAAGGUUGUGUAGCUUUAUGCCUUGAAAACAUGCAACGUGCCAAAGAACUCUCACCUUUAGAAAUAGUAGAAAUGUUUGUUGCUGUAUUUUGUUUCCUGAAAGAUUCUAGUGAAGUCUCACAGACCCUUCUGGAUGAUUUCCGAACUUGUCAAGGAUAUGCAUUUCUAUCAGACUUCCUGUUAAAACUUGAACAGGAAAAGGGAUCUGAGUCUCAGGAAGCAACUCGUAAUCUUGUCUUAAUGCUUGCGUCUCUAUCAACUUGUGGCUUUAAAGAAUUGAAACCCAGCCCUGCUAGUCAAGGCUCGCUGUUUCAGAUGGGAGGAUUCAUUUUACCACAACCCUCUGGACAGGGAGCUAGUGUCAGAAAUAUUGCAGCAUUCCAAGUUCUACAAACAGCGUUUUUGAAGUCUAACUGCACAGGACUCUGCUCCUCUAUUCUUGAUGCUAUAUCUGGUGUCUAUCAUGCCGAUAAUGCUAACUAUUUCAUCCUUGAGGACCAGAAUACGUUAUCCCAGUUUGCGGAGAAGAUCCACUUGAAACCAAAAGAAAUACAAGACAAAUUUUUUCAACUCCUUGAAUUUAUUGUCUUUCAACUGAAUUUUGUUCCUUGUAAGGAACUAAUUUCUCUAUCUAUACUACUCAAAGGCCAAGCAUCUCUCCCAUGCAGCAUUACAUGUAUGCGUACUUUGUUAAAUAUCUUGAGACAUAAUGCUGUUUUUAAAGAUGUUUAUCGAGAAGUGGGUAUCCUUGAGGUCUUUGUGACGUGUUUGACUAGGUAUGCAAAACUUCUUAAAGAUAAAGAGCUGGAAAUUGAGCAGAAUAAAGAUUAUACUCUUCCAGAGGAGGAAGUUGAAUUAGGCAUGCUGGUUAUUGAAGCACUCACUACUUUAUUGGCUGGUAAUGUCAGUAAUGCAAAUGUAUUUCGAGAGUGUGGUGGAGCUCAAUGUGCUCACAAUCUAGUUCCAUAUAUAGACUGUCGUAAGCAAGCCCUGGGCAUUGUUCGUGAGCUUAUGAUGGGUGCAGGAGGGGAGGAUGACAUGGGAACAUUAUUGGGAAUGAUGCAUUCAGCUCCUUCAUCGUUACUCGAACUGAAGACACACAUUUUAAAGUCUCUGCUGUUAUGUUUAAGAGAUAGUCAUAGAACGCGCACUGCUUUUCGUAAAGUAGGUGGCUUUGUGUAUGUGACAAGUGUAUUAGUUUCACUUGAAGGACGACUUGGAGAAGAUUUCUGUAAUCCUGAGGAUAUGGAGCAGGUGUUGACAGUUCUGCACACUGUUUUUAAUACUCUAACAGUCGCCAUGCGAUUUGAGCCUGCCAAUGCAAAAUUUUUUUAUCAAGAGAUUUGCACAUCAAGUCUUUGUGACUCCCUACGGCUCCUUGGAUGCUUCACGUCUCAAAAAUCUUUACAAGAUUGUGAUGAAACUCUCUUUGCCAAGGAAGAGAAUACCUUUUAUAAUCUGUUCAUCAGCAAUGUUUUGGAGCCAAGCUUUCCAGAACAAAUACCAAUGAGCCUAUCAUAUGCCUGUAUCGUGUUAAGGCUGCUGUAUGAUGUGGCUCUUGAUGUCUAUGACAAACCUAAUGCUACAGCUAUUAUAUCAUUCAAGUCCCCUUCACAUCGAAACAGAAAUAGUAUUGAGCCUCAAAGAUCUCUAGAAUCUCCGUCAGGAACUCGGAGAGUGAAUUCUUUGAAUCUUACUCCUCCUCCACCUGAUCCUGUUGUUGUUCAUCCUGGUGUUGUCCUGGCAAUAUGGAGGCUUCUUCCCUCUAUUCACCACAAUGAACAUUCCCAGGUUGCCCUGACCCUUCAGCUUUUUGCAGCUGAAAUAUUGAAAUCAUUAGUCAGAUCUGAAAGAAAUCAACAGGUGAUGUGUGAGGCAGGUUUACCAGGGCAGCUUCUUGAAUUUGGUUCAGUUGCUUUAGAAGAUGAGACCCAUCCUCUUCAUCAACCCUUACAGUAUAUGCUGGAAAGACUAGCUGCUCAGGGCUUAGAACCCAAAGAUUUAAGAGAUUUUUUGCGUCUUGGUGAUCCACUAUGCUGCUUACCAUUGGAUUUUUACCAUCACGGUCGAGCUGGAGGGGCAGUGCCUCUCACGCGGGUCAAGACCAUAGUCUCGAUGACAACACCGCGUGAUUUCAGAGCUCAUCAGACCAGCUUACCACCAGCUUUUGUUGAGUUCGAUAUGUCUGCUGAGGGUUUUGGAGGUCUCUACCUGCCGAGCAUUGCUCCACAAGGUCCGUCAGGGGGUUCGGCUAUUGUAGGUGCUACCCUCAAUGCUGCCAUGGACAACAAUAUUACUGGAGGAAUUGGAUCAGGAGAUCGUGUUUUUCCUCCCCAGACAGGACUAACCUACUCAACAUGGCUUUGUGUUGACAAAUUUAGUGAUCCGCGGACUGAUCCACAUCCAGUACGACUGUUGACAUUAGUGAGAAACCUUCCAGAAAGUCAUCUCAUUUGCCUAACUGUGCUACUGUCUGCUCGUGACAAAGCUAUUAUUGUUAGCACUCAUGAAACACACAUGCCCCACAACAAUGGUGACUGGGAGCCAGAAGGACUGGGUGACUGUUCAGCCAGAGUUUGGUGUCCAGACCUGUUACAGGAAGGCCAGUGGCAUCAUUUAGCUUUGGUGCUAAAUAGAGCUGUAUUGAAAAACUCUGCCUGCUCUGUAUAUGUCGAUGGUCAGCACAUUCAUACACAGAAACUUCACUAUAUAUCCCAGAAUCCUGGUGGAGGAGCUGCCAACUUGACUGUAGCUUCAUCAGUCUAUGGCUACAUUGGAACUCCUCCAAGUUGGCGCCGGUAUUCUCGUCUGACCUGGAAGCAAGGGCCCUGCCACCUGUUGGAGGAAGUCCUGAGCCCUCAAACUGUUGCCCUAGUCCAUCAGUUGGGACCUCAAUACAUGGGUAGUUUGCAAGCCCCACCUAUUCAAUCCGGACAGGAGCCAUGCCCUGCUUUAGUAACUGAGGAUAAGGUAAUUUUUGGUUUGAAUGCAAAGGCAGUGUCGCAACUAACAUUAGCAAAAAUACGCAAAGUUUACAACCGGGCAGACAACAGAUCAGUUGCCAGGCAGCUUGGUAUGUCUUCCCAUGAAAAUGCUACUCCCAUUCGUAUUCUUCAUAACUCUGCUGGACACUUGGGUGGAUCAGCCAGAUCACUUGGGGGUGUUGUGAUUGGCUAUCUGGGCGUCAGAGUAUUUUCUCCAAGACCUGUGGCUAAAGUUGUUGAUAGUGUUGGUGGUUGUGCUGUUCUGCUUGGGCUCAUUGCUAUGGCCCAAGACGUUGAGAGCUUAUAUGCAGGAGUGAAAGCCUUAGUCUGUGUUGUGCGAAGCAAUCGAUGUGCACAGCUUGAAAUGGAUAGAAGAAGAGGAUAUCAAACUUUAGCUAUGCUAUUACGACGAAAAACACCACUUCUAAAUUCCCAUAUCUUGCACCUCACCUUCAGUUUGGUUGGAUCUGUGGAUUCUGGUAGGGAAAGUUCAUGCGUACCCAACCCUCAAGCAUUCCAAGAUUUGUUAUGUGAUAUUGAGGUCUGGCAUCAAGCACCUGGAGAACUUGUUAAAUCAUUGUUUGAACAUUUGCUGGAGCUUGUAUCAGAGUCAAGUGAGAAGAAAACUAAUCUUCGUCUUCUACGCGAACUGAUGCUGGUUCCCCGACUUCUGCAUGUGCUGCCAUCGGUUAUGGCAGGGCCACCUCCAACUCGAGCGAUGCUUUUAACAUUGUUGGGAGUCUUGCUCGCUGGGAAUCCUCGCCCUGUUGAUCUCUUACACUUUGGUCAAUUAGUUACGGCAACAUUGUCAAGUCCUGCGAUUGAUGAGAAGAAUCUUGUUUUGCAAGAGGUCACACCAUUAUCGUGGGAUCAAGCACCAGUUACUGGCACAGAAAAUAUAUUGCGGGACCCUGUCAGCUGUGUUUUUUUAAGAAAUCGCUGUCUUCAAAUGCUUCACUCCUUGUUAUUCACUGCAAGAGGCACCAUAAAUCAACCAUUCUGCAAUGAAGUUGUCCGAGUCCUGGGUUUAGAUUGGGCUCUCUUGUGGACGCAACCCAACCUUCAUGCGGGUACUGUUGUUUGGGGUUUGCGUAUUCUUGUAGCUCUUUGCUCAAACCCUAUCCUGCUUCAGAAGUUUCGUGAUGGAUCUGGAUCUGGUGGGUGGCUUCAAGACACACAACACUUGCAAGAUAAGAUGGGAGGUUUGCUUGGCUACCAAUUGGGCACUUCUCCUGGGACUCAAAAAUCACAGGAAAUUCGUCUUGAUGCAGUGCAUGUGCCAGGCUUUCAAAGAUUAUCAUGGCAGCUGCCUUAUCAUCUUGAGGUUCCUGAAGUUUAUUUUCUGAUCAUGGCGCUUAUGAUGGGCCAGCCUGUAAAGCUCUUGCCUGCAGAUUCUAAGCUGGAUCUUGACAAUGUGUGGAACUUUUUGUUUGGUAUGCCAGCUGGACAAUCUGUAAAUACUCUAGCUGGUAAAGUUAGUCUAUGUCCUGAGGCUGUUACUACCCUUCUCACUAUGGUCCGUGCCAUGCUGAAUCAGGAAGGAAAGAGCCCUGAGAGUUUACCACAAUGGCUCUGUGACUACCCAGUAACAAUUAUACAAUUUCUAUUCUUCCUUUAUCAAAAUAUGCUCGAUUUCAAGCCAGUCUUCAUGAGUGGUGAUGUCUUGACUGCCUUAGCAGGAACAUUAUUUCCACGUGGACCAGGAAGUGAAAUCAGUAGCUGUGCUAGUUCUCCUGUUGAUGAGGUGUUCCCUACGGAGGAUUCCACAACUGUUACACACUCUCCAACCAAAGAGAAUCUCUUGACAUCUCACCCUGCAAGGAAAUUCGUUAUGGAUUUUUUACGAGUAAUUGUUGUGGACUCCUUGUCUCUUCCUGUUUCUGGCAAAGGUCCCCCAGUAAUUGACCUUGUUCUCAACGCUUCACCUGAAAGUGCUUCAAGUGCUCAACACACAAGAUAUCAGACAGAGGUUCUAAGUUUGCUUAUGGAGCACCUCUUAGCAGCUGACGUAUUAGUUGGUGAUCAAGCAGCUUUGCCAAUAGUUUUUGGUGGAGCUUCGAAUAAUGUUGCUCCAAAUGUUUGUUAUUUGGCAGCCCGCGUUGUAGAUAAAUUGUGGCAAGGAAACUUAUCUAAAGAUCCACAUGACGUGUUUGACUUUGUUGUUAAACUCAUAUCUCAAGCAAAACGGCGUCCAGGGGGUACAUCAUUAGAGGGACUGUAUCAUUGUUUAAACAGAACUAUCCUAUUUCUGCUGUCGAGAGCCACGGAAACUCUUACUCAACAAAUGUCAGUUUUAGAAGCACUUCAUAAACUUACCACACACAGAUUGUUGGUGUUUGGUGCUGGUAAUCAUGAGCUUGAUUUCAUUGGAUGUCUAAUUUAUUGCCUCCUGCAACUAACAUCAGACAUGAAAAUAAUGCUUGAUACUAAUAUCAAAACAACGUGGCAUGUGAACCCUCAGGUUGAUGACUCUGAUGAUAAAUUGAACACUCGUCAAGGACACAAUUUAAUGGUGGUGGCUGCUACUCGAGUAUGGGAGGAACUUUACGUGUGUAAAAAACCAGCUAUUGAAGAGGUGUUUAAAAUUACUUUAAACUCGCCCAACAAUAAAGCUCCUGAAUUGAGCUUGGUGCGAGAUCAGGUGUUAGAGUCAGCACAUAAGGUGUGGUUGAAUUAUGUUGACAUGGAACGUAAAGCUACCUGCAAAGUUCCCUGGGAACUUCACAAUCAAAUUCAAUCUAAAAUUCAGAAAGUCACUGGUGGCCUAACUCGCCUUGCAAGCCGUACAAAAUCGAAGAAAGAAGAACCAGCAAAGACCAAGUGCAUGCUAUCCGGUACAGAAAUUCAAUCUUGUGCAGAACAGCAUAUUGGUUUGGUAAAAGCUCUUGUUGAUCUGAGACGUCGAGAUAUUUCUCAGCAUAUGAUACACAUGCAACGUAUUGUGUAUGAAGAAUGGUUGGAAACUGAAACUGAACUUACCAGAGAACGAGGUCUUUGGGGACCAUCAGUUGGAAGCAGGCUAGACAAAUGGAUGUUAGACAUGACAGAAGGUCCAAGCCGCAUGCGUAAGAAAAUGAUGCGCAAUGAAAUGUUUUAUGUUCAGUAUCCAUACCGACCUGAAUUAGAUAGUGGAGACAAUAAAUCAUUGAAGUACAAAGUAGCGACUAGUUGGGACAGUAAAGACUUCUAUCAUAAAUAUCGUCCUCGAGGAUUGAUUGACCAUGAGAGAGAUAAUAUGAUUGAAGCUCACAACAACAAAGAUCGGGAAAGAGAAGUUGAAGAAACUGAUGACAGUAAUUCUAACAUGGAUGAUGCAUCUGCCAUUAAAGGAUUCCAGAGUAUUGUUCGACACUCAGUGAACAGAUCUGUAUCAGAACCAGAUGAUGCAGCUGAUGAUGGCCCCGAAAGUGCAGAUGCGGAUGAGCGGGAGGAUGUACGGGAUUCUGGGGAGGACCAAGACUCCACAUCAGACAACCAAACUUUAAUACGACUUUUAGAGCCACAAGAAAAGAUAAGCUAUAUGUUCCGCUGUGCUAGAAUACAGGGGCUUGACACAAUGGAGGGUUUAUUGCUCUUUGGCAAAGAGCAUGUGUACAUUGUUGAUGGUCUCACAGUUCUCCGAUCACGUGAAGUAAGAGAUAUUGACUCCUUGCCUCCUCACCUCCAAGAGCCUAUAUUACCUAGUCCUGGGCCUGGUAGUCCAACACGAGCCCAUUCCAUGAGGCACUCAUAUAAAUUUCAUUAUGAAGACAUAAGAGAGGUACACAAAAGGAGGUACCUUUUGCAGCCUAUGGCUCUUGAAGUAUUUUCAAGUGAUGGUCGAAAUCAACUCCUAGCAUUCCAACGAAAAAUUCGCAACAAAGUUUAUCACAGAUUUCAUGCUAAUGCAACUGGUAUUGCAGACAGUGCCCAGCAAUCUGUAGCUGGGCAAAAACGCACAGCCAAUGUGGAACAGGCUGCAGGACUUUUAUCAAAUCUUAUUGGAGAAACAUCUGUAACCCAGCGAUGGGUUCGUGGGGAAAUCUCCAAUUUCCAAUACCUUAUGCAUCUUAAUACCUUAGCAGGGCGAUCUUACAAUGACUUGAUGCAGUAUCCUAUUUUUCCGUGGAUAUUAGCAGAUUAUGAUUCACCUGAGGUGGAUUUCAAUGAUCCUGCAACAUUUAGAGAUUUUACUAAACCCAUGGGUGCACAGAGCCCAGACCGACUCCAUCAGUUUAAGAAAAGAUUUAAGGAAUGGGAUGAUCCCCAUGGAGAGACUCCCCCUUAUCAUUAUGGUACUCAUUACUCUUCAGCCAUGAUUGUAUGCUCCUAUUUGGUUCGAAUGGAGCCUUUCACACAGCACUUCUUGCGAUUGCAGGGUGGUCAUUUUGAUUUAGCUGAUCGAAUGUUCAACAGUGUGAGAGAAGCUUGGCUCUCAGCUUCUCGACACAACAUGGCAGAUGUCAAAGAACUUAUUCCAGAAUUUUUCUAUCUUCCUGAAUUCCUCACAAAUUCUAAUAACUUUGAUUUAGGCUGCAAACAAAAUGGUGUUCAACUUGGUGAUGUUGUUCUUCCUCCUUGGGCUAAAGAUGAUCCCCAAGAGUUUAUUCGUGUUCAUAGAGCUGCUCUGGAGUGUGAUGCAGUUUCCUCUAAAUUGCAUCAUUGGAUAGAUUUAAUAUUUGGCUAUAAACAACAAGGCCAAGCAGCAGUUGAGGCAACUAAUGUUUUCCAUCAUUUGUUUUACGAGGGCAAUGUUGAUAUUUACAACAUUGAUGAUCCUUUAAAGAAAAAUGCUACCAUUGGGUUUAUUAAUAAUUUUGGUCAGAUACCAAAGCAGCUUUUUAAAAGACUUCAUCCUGCCAAAAAACUUAAUGGGGGUCCUACAACACCUGGGUUAAGUUUGAGUUUGAGAGAAGCUCCUCUUCCCUGCAGUCAGAAGCUUUUCUUUGACCAAUUGGACAGUCUUGUCCCAUCAUUACAAGCUAUCAAAGAAUUAAAGGGGCCUGUUGGUCAGAUCCUGUGUGUUGAUAAGAUGCUACUUGCUGUUGAGCAAAACAAAGUACUAGUCCCACCCUCAUACAAUAAGUACUUGGCAUGGGGGUUUGCAGACCAUUCAUUGAGGAUUGGACACUAUGAUAGUGACAGGACUAUCCUUGUCUGUGAAGCCACCGGAGAAAGUAGUGGAGAAGUUGUUGCUUGCGUUUGUCCCUCAGCAAAACUAGUUGUGACAGCUGGAACCUGCUCAGUGGUAGCCGUGUGGGAGUACAAUCGACGCCAACUAAGAGUAAAGCAAUGUCUAUAUGGCCACACUGCAGCAGUGACAUGCCUAGCUGCCAGCCCAGCCUACAAUGUGGUUGUAUCAGGGUCUCGAGACUGUUCAGCUAUUGUGUGGGACCUAUCUCGUCUCAUAUUUGUAAGACAAUUGAAAGGACACAGUGCUCCAAUUGCCGCUGUGGCAGUAAAUGACAUUACUGGAGACAUUGCUACAUGUGCAGGAACAUGGUUACAUAUAUGGACCAUCAAUGGCAUUGAACUCGCGAGUGUGGAUACAGCGGUUGGUCGACCAGAUCGAAUGCAGCAAAUUCUGUGCGUUGCAUUCUCCCAAAUGCAUGAGUGGGACUCAAAGAAUGUAAUUAUGACAGGGUCAACUGAUGGUGUGGUCCGAAUGUGGUCUAUGGAUUACGUACAGGUUCCAAAAGAUGAUAAACUUGUGUCAAUUGAUUCUGAUAUAAGUCAAGAGAAAAAUGAGAAUGAAUCUCAAGAAGUUCCAGUGGGUAAAGGGGAUUCUCCUUGCAAUGAGCCAGUCACUGAAAUUGUUAAAAGAUUGAGCUCGGCCGGCAUUUUGGCUAAGAGUGGAUCUGAAAGUAGUCUGUCCGAUUCCGAAGACAAACAGAACAAGCGACUUGCUAAAAAGGAAGCAGAGAACAAGGAUGAGGAGAAGGAACACUGCAGUGAUGGUGCUGAAGAUGUGGAAGCUUCAGCUUUGGCCCCCACUCCUCCUACCAGCACCACACCCCUAGUCAGGGUAAGUUCAAUUUCCGAAAUCCUUAACACCUCUGGAACUGAAAUUCCACCCGUGCGAGUUCGUCGGCGUUCAUCUGCUGCUCGUGCCAACGCCCAGUACCGCAAGAGUGAAGGGAGCUGGCUGCAUUCAGACGCACCCUUACCAUUGGAAAAGAGUAUUGACUGCCUCGAUCCCGAAUCCGCUUUGGGAGCAGCGGCUCAACGGAUGAGGGCGAGCAAAAGUGAUACAAGUCUCACAGACUCCUUCGUUAUGGUUAGUGGUGACGGAGGCACUGAUGAAGAAGAUAAGUCUUUGGAUGGAAAUGCCUUGCGAAGACCCAUGAAUGUUUUGAGAGAUGGUUUUAAAUGGCAAAGGCAAUUGGUAUUUCGAAGCAAGCUAACAAUGCAUACGGCAUAUGACCGUAAAGAUAACACAGAACCAGCUUCAAUCACAGCACUAGCUGUAUCAAAGGAUCAUCGAACGGUAUAUGUUGGAGAUGCGCGUGGACGAGUGUUUACUUGGUCCAUGGCCGAGCAGCCAGGACGUGGAAUGGCAGAUCACUGGCUGAGAGAUGAGGGUGCGGAGAACUGUGUGGGCUGCAAUGUUCGUUUUAAUUUAUAUGAACGCAGGCAUCACUGUCGAAAUUGUGGCCAAGUUUUCUGUUCUAAGUGCAGUAGGUUUGAAAGUGAAAUUUCUCGCUUGCGAAUCCUGAAGCCAGUGCGGGUUUGCCAGGGAUGCUAUGCUACUUUGCGAGGAUCUAACCGGAACUCAACCGGAAAUUCUUAGUUAUCACUACAUGAGUGUGAGCAUAAGUUACCAUAAGUCAGUCAUAUUGAGAUUUAGGUUCAGUCAGUUGCUUGUUUCUGUGAAGUUAGUGCAAGAGUAAUAUGAUAGACUUUAGCUGUGUGAUAGGUUCUAAGCAAUAAAAGCUAGAUUUCAUUUUGAUCUGCACCUGUAGACACAAAUUCCUCUUUUGGUGUGUUGAAUGAUUGCUUGUUGUAUUGUUAUAUAUGUAUAGCAGUAUACUGUGUCAUAAAGUAGGUGAAAAAGUAAGGCCUUUUAUCCAGUGCGAACCAAAGUAUGUGCAAAUGUUGUUAAUGCUGGAACACAAAGAAGCCAUAAUAUGUUCUAGCGAUUUUGUUGAUCGUUAGGUAAAGAUUUCUUUACUCUCUUCCAGCCUGCUUUGUUUCCUUUUUGUCUGCGUAUGUGUCAAAAACACUAUUAUGCCAGACUGUUUUUCUUGACAAAAAUACAUGUUGUUUUUCAUUUUGUUAAGUUAGAAUUUGAUGCUCUGAUUUGGUGUUUUCCAUGGUCUGGUUGAGUAAAACCUUUUGUACUGUAUGCCAGUCUUACCAACAUUUUUGGAGUAUCAUUUCUUGCAUUACUUUUUAAAUAAUGUGGCUGUUUCUUGUUGGAAAGAAAAAAAGUCACUUACCUGGAAUAGUUUUCAUAAUUCUUGUCUCAGUCUGAUGAAAGCUCUCUUAAAAGUUGCCAGCAUACGUGUCCUGAGCUUGACAUAAUCAAAUGAAAUUAUUGAUCAGUUUUUCAUGAUACUUUAUGAUGUUGUAAUUUCACUAGUUCGUAAUAGUAAUGCAUUGGACACUUUGGUCUGGGCCAUGUGCAUUCUUUACUGAUAAAUUCUCUCAGUCUGAUUUCUGCUGACACACAUGUUGUGAAAGUAUAACUGGCAUUUUCCUAUGCAUUUAUUUAAAGCUAUUUUAUUUGAAGUGAUCUGAAGUAUUAUUGUCAUUGUUUGUAAAUAUUGUGACCAUUCAUAUGGAAAAUGAAGUUUUGUUGAUUGAAAAGCUAGUCCCUGUACAUAGAUGAAUUCCAAACUAUUUUAGCUUUUACAUGAAUAAUGAUGUAUAAAACAGGUACUGAAAAAAAGUUUUACUAUUUAUGCUUAUAAUUAAUCUGCUAAUUACUCCUGGUCUGUUUCCCAGGCAGACUUUAAAAUGUGCAUUACAAAUGCAUGUGCAAGGCAGCAUAUUUAUUCUUCAUUUUAAAGAAGCUUGCUUUUGAUGUUGAAAACUGUGGUUUAUUCUUUUACGUUAAAGUCUUUGUUACCAUUUUUAUUAUAUUUUAUAUCCCCUCCCUGUGUGUGGAUUUUAUUACAAUGCUCUUGCAGAAGUUCCUGUUAAGUGUUCACUCAUUGUGAUGUGUACAUAUAUGUAAUACGUAUGUUUUCUUGCAUGGCUCUGGAAGAGAUUUGUCCUGUCGACCUGCUACAGUUGUAUCUUGUGGCAUUAGACAUUGUCGUUUUCACUGGAGUACCUUCUAAGAACUGAUGAUUGAUACGAAUGAAAUGGUGUUGUUUCCACUCUUGUGCGAAACACAUGAUAAAUGUCUUUAUUCAAUCUUGGACCUGUUGCUUAAUUCAAUCCUUUAAGGAUCCAAGAUUUUUGAUUUUUUAAUCAGUAUUUUACUUUCUUUGUUUAUCUUUUUUUCUCUCUUUUUUUAAAAUUAUGUGCUCUGUGAUUUAUUUGAAGUUUCUUUUUUAUUGUUUCUCAUGGCUUUUACUUAACAAUUUUGCAAUAUUGUCAGCAUUCAUUUUGUUACAUUCCUGUGUAUUGGCUGAUCUUGAUAGAGUUCAUUACUUCUUCUGUUACUUGAGAAAAGUAUGAGUAACAAACUUUUAAGGAAAACAUUUUGCAAAUGUUUCUAAUUUUCCAUGUAUAGGUUUCUCCUGCUCCUAUUUUUGUCUCAAUCAGUUUUAAUGUGGUGCCUCUUUUACGUCAUAUCUCAAUCUGAAUUGAAAUUCGUUUCAAAUGCAGUAGGUGUAGUAAAUCUGUUUUAACUUACAACUUUGACCACAGUUUGAAGACAAUAUUUGUGCAUGUGUGCAUUUCCCUGUGAUGGUUUUGCUUCAUCAACUAGCUUGCAUUUAAAAGAUCAGGGGUCUUAUAAUUGUGAUGAUGUUAAGAACCGUGUCCUGUGUGCAGUGGAGUGUCAUGCUAUAUUUUUUCAUGUGAUUGGCAAACAGAUCUGAAGUGUAGCUAGUAUGAGUGUUAACUAGAAUGUGAUGUAAACACUUUAUUAUCUUGUCAAUAUUUAUGCCAAUUUAGUCAGUAAUUAUAAGUUAUGGAAGUUUAUGUCUCACGACUUUUACUACAAUAAUAUUAUGUAUAAAAUUAAUCCUAUUAGGUAAUUUGUAGGUUUAGAAAAGGAAAAAACAACAACUGUUAUGUCAUUGUUUGCCAUGAAGUACCUCUUUCAUGUGAAAGUGCCAUUCCUAAAUCAGUGUGUAGUUAAAGUGUGACUUGGUGAUAGAAACUGUAGUUUAUUGGAAACUGGUUUCAUUCUGUUAACCAAGUUCUUUUGAGCACUAACAGCAAUUUUGACUGAAGUGAGUCAUAUAUUGACCUUUGAGAUGCUGUUCGUUCUAUUUAGUGAGAGUGUCCCUCUUUCCCUGCUUUUUAUGAAGUGUUGUUUCGUUUGUUUGUUCUAAACAACAAACAAAUAAGGAGUUUUUUUUGUUGUUUUUUUUGUUUUGUUUUGUUUUCAGAUGAACAGCUGACAACAAUUGAUAAGAAAUGUCUGUCUUAAGUCUUUGUAUACCUUUACAUUUAAUAUGCAAGCCAGAAGUGCAUUUUAUUGACAAUAGACUUCCUGUGUACCUAACAUUCAUGAUUUAUCGUGAUAAACUUUUCAUUCUUAUGUGAACAAGGAAGAAGAUUACGGAGAGCAAAUUUCAACUCUAAAGCAAACACAUACCUAUUGUAGGUUUUAUAAAAAGAAUCCAUACAUUUCCAUUCAUUUUCUUGUUUUAUUUUUAAAUUUCAUAGAUCCUAAAAAGAACAACUUUAUUUUGUGAGAUUGUGAAUGUGGAAUCUGGAUAUUUUGAAAUGUUUAAUAGCUUUCAAAUUGUGUACUUUGUUUUAAAGUAUAUAACAUAAACCCCGUCCCUUUCUUUAUACCUUUCCCCAAUUGUUAGGGUCCAUAUCUGUAGCUAGAGACUAUUUUAAUGAAUUUCCCUGCAAAACAUAUUGUCUAUUGUUAAACAGUCUAUAUUCUGUUUAGAGUCACUAGUGAAAACUUGUUAGGGAUCAAUGGAUGUAGUUAUCUUAGUAAUUGUGUUUUUGUGUGUGCUGCUUGCACAUUUCUGCCUAACAUCUACACCAUGCUGUUGUUUGUAGUGAUUUAUUUUUGAGAAAGUGUACCUUGCGCAAAACAAUACAUCAGUUAAUUUAUUCUAACAGUUGUUCCUCAAUUUUUAAAUUUGUAUCCUUUUGUUGUACAUUUUAUGUUGACAUGUACAUUGAGGUUUAACUAACUAAAAACUAAUAAACGUAAUUGGAAAGCCA